AUUUAUUAUUUUCAUUAGUUAUUAAUAUUAGGUUUUUUUUUUUAUUUUUAAAGAUUCUUACACCGUUGCCGUCAACGGGAAACGUGUUUCGACCGCCAAUACCACCUCAGCUGCUAACGCUAAAAAAAUUAGAUUGAAUCUCGUCAAGUCACCCGGGUUUGUUGAGAUUUUGUCGUCCGCAAACCGUAAAAUAGUUUGGUAUGAUGCUAAAAAUAUUACUAAUACAAUGAUUUAUUCUGACUUUCUCCGCCCGCUUAUGCCUGAGCUAGUCAAUUUAUUGAAAACCCACGUGAAAAAGCAUGCGAUUAAAUUCAAUUUGAAACUCGAGGCAACAUACAACCGGCCCAACGUACCAAACUCGUCAGAGAACCGGGCAUUCAAGACUUCGGCGGUAGAACUUUAUCCGCAUAGUGACAUUAGAACGAUUGUAGAGAGGGCGUAUAUAAAGUUGAUGAAAGAGAAAGAUGACUACAGUGGGAGGGGGAGUGGGUUUUCUCUAGAGUCAAUAGACGGCUUGUUGUUGGCGGUAUAUAAAUAUACACCGUUGGGUGGCUCGUCGUAUAUCGAGUUGCCAACGUAUAUCGACAGAAAACGGGGUACAAUAAAUCCACAAAACACAGACCAGGAAUGUUUUAAGUGGGCAAUUUUGGCGAGACAUGCGGCAAAUAAUGUAUCCGAUAAAUAUAAAUAUUGUGUAGGAGAAAAUUAUAGAAAGCACGAGGACAAAUAUAAUUUCGAAGGUAUCACGUCCCCCACACCACUGUCCGAUAUUAAUAAAUUCGAAAAGAAUAACAAAAAUGUCUCCAUUAACGUAUACGGACUAGAAAAAAAGUUUCAAAUACCGAAAUUGCCCAGGUAUGAAGUGUACCCGCUGCGAGUAGUCGAUGAGGAGAAACCGAACCACUUUGACCUAUUGUUGGUGACGGACGGUGAAAACUCGCAUUAUGUGUAUAUUUCAAAUUUUUCCCGGCUCGUUAGACGUCAAAAAACAAAACAUGCAGAGAGAGUAGUGUUUUGCAAGAGGUGUUUCACGUCAUUCGAUGACAGGCGGCAUAAAUACAAGUUGAGCGGACAGGAGGCGCUGACUCAACACAAGCUGAUUUGCGGAGAACACACACCAAUUUUACCAGAGAUGCCAAAAGAGGGUGACUGUACUGAAUUCAAGGCGUGGAAUAAGACCCAGAGACACCCCAUAGUUGGCCAUGACACCAAAGCUAUUAAAGUAAUACCUAACAGCGAGGAGAAAUUUACAUCAUUUACAAAAUACGUCACAAACACCUUUUCAAUGCGAUUUAUAGACACGUUCAGGUUUAUGGCAUCAGGACUAUCAACUUUAGCCAAAAAUCUUGUGACACCAGGACUUGAAAAUUUCCGAGAAACCGCGAAACAUUUUGUCGCCGGAGAUAUGCCGUUAGUGACUCAGAAGGGGGUGUACCCAUACGAGUACACAGAUAGCUGGGAGCGAUUGGAUGAAGAACGAUUACCGAGUAAGAGGAGUUUUUAUAGUACGUUGAAGGAGACCGGGAUAAAGGAGGAAGACUUUGAGCACGCGAAGUUGGUUUGGAACCACUUUGGCUGUACGACGUUGGGCGAAUAUUCGGACUUAUAUUUGAAAAUCGAUGUAUUGCUGUUGGCUGAUGUGUUUGAGAACUUCCGCGACGUAUGUAUGAGGGCAUACAACUUGGACGCAGCCCACUAUUUCACCGCCCCUGGACUUAGCUUCGACGCAAUGCUAAAGUUCACGGGGCAAAAGCUACAGCUGCUAGAUGAUUACGAGAUGUUAUUGAUGUUUGAGAAUGGUUUACGUGGCGGAUUGGUUCAAGCGAGCAAACGAUAUGCGAAGGCGAAUAAUGCAAAGACCCCGGACUAUGAUGAGACGAAAGAGAAAUCGUGGAUAGUAUAUCAGGACUGUAACAACUUGUAUGGAUGGGCAAUGUCGCAGUACAUGCCAUACGGUGGGUUCAACUGGGUCGAACCCACAUUAAACGGACUUGAUGAUUUGAACGAUACAUCACCCAUAGGGCGAGUGUAUGAGGUGGAUGUAACAUACCCACAAAAAUUACAUGAUAAACACAACGAUCUACCAUUCUUGCCGAACAGCGGUAUACCUCGCGGGUCGAAGGUGAGGAAGUUGAUGGCAACUUUUGAGACGAAAAAGAACUAUGUUAUACAUUAUAGAAAUCUGCAGCAGGCAAUUAAGAAUGGGUUGAAAGUGGAAAAAGUACAUAGGGUUAUUCAGUUUAACCAGUCUGACUGGUUAGCCAAAUAUAUAGAAUUAAACACAGAGUUGAGGAAAAGGGCGAAGAAUGAAUUUGAGAAGGACUUUUUUAAACUUAUGAAUAACGCUGUAUUUGGUAAAACAAUGCAGUCUAAAAGGAAGGAAAUGAAGAUGGAGUUGGUGUCAUGUGAGAGGAGGUUACAAAAAUUGAUUAAUAAGUGUACAUUUAAACACUGCACAAAUUACAACGAGAACCUUAACGCUGUAACGCCUAACCUAACCUAACCUAACCUAACCUAACCUUAUCAGUAAGUGUAACCUUAUCAGUGAUACCGCAACCGUAACCUUAUCAGUAACCACUCCUCAUCAAUAAUAAAUAAAUUAUUCGUAACGUGUGCGGUGUAUAAAUCUCUUUAUCAGUAAUUAACUCCUACUAUCAGCAUCUGCUGCUGUAGAUUUAUU